AUGUUCCUAACCAUCUAUUUCAUGGGAACCGUCGUCGCCAUAUAUACCAUCGGAUGCCUCAUCGGCGCCCUCUCGAUCACCCAGCUUGGGAACCGCAUCGGACGACGCAAAUCCCUCAUGACCGUUGCUGCAGUAGCUACCAUCGGUCUAGUCAUACAGGCUACGUACUACCAUAUAGCUCAACUUGUCGUGGGACGUAUAGUUUCCGGCAUCGGGAUUGGUGGUGUUAACGCUGUCAUCCCUGUUUGGCAGAGCGAGUGCACAAAGCCCAAGAGUCGAGGGAAGAAUGUCGUUGUUAUCGGCGUUUUAAUUGCCUCAGGAGUUGCCAUGGCUAGCUGGGUGAACGUGGGUCUCUCGUUUGUAGAAGAGAGUCAGGUAUCCUGGCGCCUCCCUCUAGCACUACCAAUCGUCUUCACCCUGCUGCUCCUGGCAUUUACCAUGUCCUUCCCUGAAUCACCCCGCUGGCUCAUCAGCAAAGGCCUCAAGGCAGAAGCCCGCGCCGCCAUGCACGCACUAGCUGACAAGCACAUAGUUAGCUACGAAGCGAUUGACGCCGAAAUCGAAACCAUCCCUCUCGCUCUCCAAGAAUCAUCUACAUCAGAAUACGGUUUCGUCAACUUCUUCAAACGGGGACCUGUUCUACCCGCUCAAGUGACCGGUGCCAACGUGAUAACCUACUACGGCAAAACCAUCUUCCAAAAACCCCUAGGCCUCGAAGCAGAGAAAGCAGCUAUCCUGAGCGCUGGCGUGCUAACAUGGAAAAUCUUCGCUGCUCUCUCGGACUACCUCUCCGUUGACCGCUUCGGCCGCGAACCACUCUUCAUCGUGUCCGCGUUGGGGAUGGGUACAUCCAUGUCCGGACUCACUGGAACAGUCUGGGCAAUAGAUAACCGGUCCACGUACGGUACUAGUAUCGCAGCGACGUUUUUUCUCUUCUUCUACAUGUCUUUCUUCCCGCUUGGGUUCUUGGCUGCUAAUUUCUUGUAUGCGGCGGAGAUCGCACCACAAGAGCUGAGGAUUCAUUUGGCGGCAAUUGGAACGGCGACCCAUUGGUUGUUAAAUUUUGUCAUUGCAGAGAUUACGCCCAUUGCGUUUGCGACGAUCAGGUGGAGGUAUUAUAUUGUGUAUGCGGUGAUUGGGUUUAGUGUUGCUCUUAUGGUUUAUUUCGUAUUUCCGGAGACGAAGGGUCGAUCGCUGGAGGAGAUGGAUCGGUUAUUUGGUGAUCCGGAACAUUGGUGGAAGGUUACUGUAUAUUCGAAGGAGAUGACGGGAAUCGAUAUGGUGGAGGUGGAUGGAGAUGAUGUGAAGAUGGACGCGAGUCAUAUUGAGAAGGCUUAG